AUGGCGUCUCCGCGCCGCGUUCUUCGACUUCGACCGCUUUGUGUGCAGAAACGGAGCGAAGGGAUGGUUCCGUUGCUUCAAUUAAUAAGAAUGAUCAAAAAUUUGGCAGGAGUGUCGAUUCCGUCCGAGACCUCCGACGACUUCUCGCAGGCGCUGGAGUUCUCCUACCUGAAACCGGAUGACGUCGUCGCGAAACUAAAGCGCGAGAAGACGUUGUGGUGGGAACAGUUCGUGAACUUCAAUUGA